UCUCUAGCUUCCGCGCUCCGGGACGCCGGCGCCGACCGCGCGGGAGCGCGCCGCGUUGCCGUGGAAACGCCGGGGCCGCCGCGGCGGCGCGUGGGGCGGGCUCUCGGGCUCUAGCGACCCCGCGCACGCCCGGGCGUUUCGGAACCCCUGUCUUUGGGUCGCAGCCCCGGGUCUCCGACCGUGCGCGAGAAAAGAUGUUGAGGCGCAGCUUGGAAAACCGGGAUGCUCAAACCAGACAACUGCAAGAUGCUGUCACAAAUGUGGAGAAGCACUUUGGAGAGCUGUGCCAAAUCUUUGCUGCUUAUGUGCGGAAAACUGCCAGACUGCGAGACAAAGCAGACCUCCUGGUGAAUGAAAUCAACGUGUAUGCCUCUACAGAGACCCCGAAGUUAAAGCAGGGCCUGAAAACCUUUGCCGAUGAGUUUGCCAAACUUCAGGAUUAUCGACAAGCAGAGGUGCUAAAGAACAAUGAACAAAAGGUUGAAAGACUUGAAGCCAAAGUAGUUGAACCUUUGAAAGCUUAUGGAACCAUUGUAAAAAUGAAACGAGCAGAAACUGAAUUACAGAGGGCCACAAUGGAUGCUGCUCGAACAACUCGCCAUCUGGAGGAGACUAUUGACAGCUUUGAAAAGCAGAAAAUAAAGGAUAUAAAGACUAUAUUUUCAGAAUUUAUCACUAUCGAAAUGUUAUUUCAUGGCAAAGCUUUAGAGGUCUACACUGCUGCCUACCAAAAUAUACAAAAGAUUGAUGAAGAAGAAGAUUUAGAGGUUUUCCGAAAUUCUCUGUAUCCACCAGAUUAUCCAUCCCGUUUAGAUAUCGUAAGAGCAAAUUCAAAGUCACCUCUUCAGAGAUCACUGUCAGCUAAGUGCGUAUCUGGAACAGGACAGGGCGUAUUAAAAAGAUACCAAGGGCUUCCCUGGUGGCGCAGUGGUUGAGAGUCCGCCUGCCGAUGCAGGGGACACAGGUAUCCACCUGUCGACUAAGAAAGGAUCAACAAAUAGAAGAUGAUGAAGAGGAUGAAGACUUAGAUGUUACAGAAGAAGAAAAUUAAAUUUAAGUAAACUUUGCAUUUCCAUUUUAUCUUAAAUGACUUGGAAUCCAGAAUGACUAAAACUGUAAAACUUUAUACUGGCUUGAAAUGAAAUGAAAUCCUACUGGAAAUGGAGAAAUUAUUAAAGGAAAUUUAUGCUGACCAAAAA